GAUUCCGAGAGGCCAAAUCCCCAUGCAGAGAUGGACCAAUUCCUAUAUGCGUUCGCUGCAAUAUUAGUUACUGUGCUCCUUUCUGGCAACACUGUUGACUGCCAAAAUGUUACCAGGGUGCUUUUCCAAGCGGACGAAAAGGCGACGGACGAAUCUAUGCUUGACAUAAGCAUCAACGCCAUACCGGAAUUGACAGAGCUGACAGUAUGUUUCCACCUGUUCAUGCUACAUUCUGCCCCUUAUAACCCGAUCGUCAGUUAUUUUUCCGAGUACGACAACGAAAUUGUUAUAGGUCUCAAGUGGACUGGCCAGUUCAUCGAAUUCGAGUGUUGCCAAGCGCGUGUCAAGUUUAUCGUAAACGUCCCCGUCAGAAUUCGAUCGUGGCAUCACGUCUGCUUCUCGGUCAACCUCAAAAUUCGCCGCUAUUACUUGGCUUACGAUGAUAUUGUGAGUGCCUAA